AUGAAACAGGUUUCUAACAAUGUUUACUUUAUUAGGCCUCCAUUUAAAGCUUUUCGUGCUAGUUUGGGCAAUCCUCAUGCUACUUGGGGCAAUUAUCGUGUUGGGGACAAUUCUUGUGUUAGUUUGGGCGAGUCACUUCAAAAAAUGGCGGACAUUGCAACAGAAUAUCUUCCUCAAUCUACUAGCAAGGAUGUCUUAAAAUGUCAAUAUGCCCUUGCAAUGAAUGAAAUCGAUCUCGCUAAGUAUUUCACUCAAGUAGCCGAAAGUUUACGUGAACACCAACCAAUGCUCAUGAGGAAAUAA